UACACUAGAACACACUGAUGAUAAAAAGUAAAGUCAAAAAGACUUAAAGUAUAAUUAUCGAAAAGACCAACCCAUCACUAGAGGCUUGAAAUGUUAAAACGAAAACCAAGUACGGAACACAAUGAGAGGGAAAGAGGUGGUGACAUCUGUUAUCUCGUUCCUUCUAUCACAGAAAUUUUAGUGGCAAGACAAGGUGCCAGGGAAGGAAUUGGUUUGGUCCACGAAUAAAUUCUCAGAAUUUAUGCACCUUCAACCAACUGACCACAAAAACUUUAAGUUUGACCUGCCCACGCAAAUUGGAUUCCCUAAAUCCGAUUUUACCUGUCUGUUUGAUUAAUAAACCUGUACUCGGUGAGUAUGAGUUCAAAGCUCUCCAUACAGGUUUUAGAAUUACAUUUGAAGGACUCUAAAUUUGGUGUUAAAAAAUAUAAAUGGAAAUAAAAUAUAAUGAAACCCUGGAAACCACUUUUAAUUUGAUAUGGAAAUUGUUUUGUUGUAGUGUCAAGGUGCACUUAGGGAGGAUUUUCCGAAAUGAUACAUUAAUACCCAAGGAUACAUUAACUUAUUAGUUUUUUCGCAUUUAGCAAGCUAAGCUAAUUUCAACUAGCUUAUCUAUAGGAAAAGAAAUAAUCGAAGAAGAAUUAGUAAACACCGUUACAUUUUACAUGUCAAAUAGACGCGUCUCGUUAAUUUCAUGGGCCAUAAUAUUAUAAUCAUUCCAUUUACAAACUUUCCACAAAUUGUUACUUCAAUUAAAUCUACUUCAUUUAUUAUUAUUAACGACAUCUCAGGAAAGGUGAAAGAAAUAAUAGAAAUGGUACAAGCACCUAACACAAUCCACUGGAUAACAUACGACCUACCUACUUUUGUUAUUCAAUUCGAUUUAAACAUCACAGAUGGCGCUCUGCGUUAUAUCUUUUUUUUUCUUAUGUAAAACGCUUUUUAAUAGCAUGUUAAGGGCAAAAUAUCACUUAUUAUUAAAAAUUUUAAUAAGCCUGAUUUCUCUUAUACGAUUAAAGAAAUUGGUUCCCAAACCAAUAAAGCAUUACAAAAAGAAGUCAAUAUUUAAAAUACCCUGUUAUAAAAUUCGAAUUAAAAUUUUGAAAUUCUGGCAUAAAAGUUCUGAAGUCAAAUUACUUUGGAAUAAUAAAAAUAUCGAAUAAACAUCAGAAUCAUAUCAGAAUUAAAUCUUGUCAACCAUCUUAAUGUCAAAAAUUAUUUCAAGUCGGACAAAAAGAAAGUAAAUAAAAAAUUACAAAAUGUAAAAGAUACGAACAUACAAAUUUCACAAUUCCUAAAACUCAAGAGAGACUUCCAUAAAUGUUCAUCAAUGAUCUUGUAAAAAAAUUAAAGACCAAAUCGUAACUGAACCAAAAUGGAGUUUCAAAGUAGAAGAAGUCGCAGAGGAAGAGGUCGUCAUAAUCAAGUCCUCCCCCAAGUUCAUGAUUAUACCCCACCUCAGGCGUGUAAGCCUUGGAGCUUCCUCAGUGGUGUAUAUAGUCUCCUCAUUAUGUCCAGUAUGUCAGUCCUCAUUUAUAUGAUGUUAGAUUACCACUGUGAAACCUGCAGAACACAUAGUAACAUCAAUGAUAUAACCAAGAACAUUGACAAUAUAGCGAAAAACUUAUCAACUAUAAAAGACAAUUAUUACGACUUGGAAACUAAAAUAUCAAAACUAUCCCGUGAUCUUCCCAAGAUUGAGGGACAAGUGGAAGUUUUAGAAGCUUUGACACAUUCCAUAGAAAAGAGACACGCUGUCGACCAACUUACUUCUUUUUGUCAUAUGGAAAAUGAAAGAAAUAAUAGCAUGGAUGAUGUAUUAAUUCCAAAAGUGAUAAGCGUUGGUUCAGAUUGACUAUAUGGUAGGAAUGAAACUUAUGAAGAUACAAAUGAACUUAAUUAUUUAGCCAAAAGAAAUGCCUGUUAUGGAAAGUUUUGAAGUUUUGACUAUAAAAUAUUUGUAACUUCUUUUUGUGUUAUUUUUUGUAUCAUAGUACCCUUAGUUGGAGUGCCAAUAUUACAACUGAACGUUUUAUAGAGGUACAUUAUUGCUCUGUCCAAUAAGUUAAUAGCUAUUUAGCUAUCUAAAGACAGACCCGAUUUAAAAAGUAAACUACCUAUUUCAUUUGUUAACAUAUACGAAAAGUUGCUCAUAUAAGUUGUUGAAACAUUUAUUUAACUGAUGAUUAUAACUUGAUGUGUAGACGGAGUAAUGAUUAUUUAUGACUAGGAACUGCCCUUAAUACAAGACUAAAAAGAAAACAGUUACAAGUAAAUCUUUAAAAAGGUUAAUUUUUAAACAUCUAAAAUUUCCAAAUACUGCAAUCAUUAUCAUCACAAUUGUACCUAUUAAAGAAACUAUAGUUUUGUAUAAAAUUCGUGGUAUCAUUAAUCUUGAAAUUUCGUCCAAUUCCUGUCGAUUGGAGAGGGUACCUUGUGAGAGUAGAUUCAUUUUUUGAUUUUAUACUAUAAUGUCCUGUGUUUCUUAUAGAGCAUGCUUUAUUUUUAUAUAGAUUUCCCUCUUUUGUGCCUUUUAUUUUGUUGUCAUGUUGAAUACAGUAUGCGCUUGUUUGUAAAUUGUGAUAGCUUUUCCUUGAAGCAGCAGCUUUUUCACUCGCUUUUAAAUAAUUCAAAUCUUUAUCAAGCUUGUCGUAAGCCGUUCGGAUAUUCUGUAAAGUAAUCUGAAACGAGGUGUGACUUACUUAAGAAUAA